UUGUUUGAUUCAAGCUGAUUGGUCAAGAGCAACACACGUCAUCAGUGAUUUAAGAUUUCAAAACAGCUGCUUCUCGUCGUGGACCGUGUGUUUCUCGGACGCGAACAACUGCAAUAUUACAGGAAAACAUGGAGGCUUUAGGUGACAGUAUGAAGGUGGUGGUGAAGGUUUUUAGGAGAGAGUGCCACAGGGUUUUAGACUCUGAGAGGACCACCAUUCAUGGAGCUGAUGGCAUGCAGAUGGUGCUGCAGCUGGCCAUGGCUGAAGUUAAAAAGCAGCGCGGCGGAGAGUUCAAAGUGGCCCUGAGUGAUGUCCUGAUGGCCUGGAAACACUUACUGUUAGACAAACUUCACCUGCCGCCCCCCGACUCUGCACGCCUGGAGAACUAUGAUCUCAUCCGCGAGGCUUACGAGUCCUUCCUGAAACGCUCCAACACGGUGGACCUGCUCGAUAUCUUCUCCAUGUACAAACAGCUGAGGCUGGCGGACUCGGAUCCAGAUGAGCCCGUGAGCCCGAUCCAGAUGUUUGAAUUCUUAUCUGGCAACAUGGAGGUCUCCGGGUUGCCAGACUCCUCAGUCCCGUCAACACCGUCUAGUAGUCAAAGCAGGCGCUGCAGCUCACAGGUGAAGAUGGCAGUGAGAAGGGUUUUCUGCUCCUAUCUGAGUCUGCUCGUGAACGCCAAGAACGACAUGGCCUCGGCGCUGACCCUCGACGUCCCCGACCGCGCUCUUGGGCGGCAGGCUUUCACCGACGUGAAGCACGCCGCGCAGAACGACAACACCUCUCUCUUCCUGGCUGUGACAUCUUUCGUGAGGGCCAUCCAGCUCGGAGGGAAGGGCUACGCUCCGGCUGAGUCCGACCCGCUGAGGAAACAUGUCAAGGGCCUGUCGGACUUUGUCCAGUUUAUAGACAACCUGGAAGAAAUCCUGGGGGAGGUUCCUGACCCAAGUGUUUGUGGAGCCAAGCUGGUGACCGCCAUCAGGUCUGUGCUCGUGAAGGGACGCAGCAGCGAGGACGCCGUCUACGCCGCAGCAGAAGAGACGACGACGGAGCUGAAGGAGAGGGUCCGCCAGCUCCACCUGAUCCAGAAACGGAGCGCUAAUGGAAGCGGGACGGGGAUAAGCCCUGCCAGGCCAAAAGCCUACGCAGUCAAUCACGCCACGGCGUACGGAGGUCGGGACACGGUGAAGGUGCUGAUGGCGCUGCUGGAUGAAGACGCCCUGAAGCCUCCGUGCAGGAACAAAGCAGAUCUGCUGUCCGAGGAUCAGCCCGUCCUCAGCGGAGCGGAGGGGACCUGCGUCCUCACGCUGUUCAGAUCCCCCGAAGUGUCCACCGGUUGUUCUCCAGAACCUCUGAGAAACCGAGUCCAGAGCCGACUAGACCUGCUCAAGCCCAAGGCCGAAGACAAAGUCAUUCGAUCCCAGUUUGCGUGCACAUACAAAGAUGAAGAACUGCCCCUGAACCGCGUGCUGGAGUUCCCCAGCACCAGCCAGGUCCCGUCCUGUGUGCACGCGGCGCCCAAACCCAAAACCCCUCCAGCUGUGGAUGAGGAGACAACAACAGGUUGUCACAUUUGCUUUUGCUCUGUUUCAAUCUUUCCAGACGUGCCUACUUCUACCUCUGAAAAUAAGAAACAGAGCAGUGAACAGCGGGGAGUCGCGCUCGGGCCAAGAAGUGGAAAUGCCCAACACAGACUCGCGGGAAGUAGAAAGAAAACUGGCGCUCGGAUGCAAAACAAGGGCAACAAGAGGAAGCAGGUGGAUUCUGACCAGCAGGGGGGAUCAGAAAAUGAGCCUCCACAGAAAAAACAGCCAACUAGUGUCUCGGUGAAAGUACCCGGCAAGAAUGUGGGCAAGACCUCGAGUAAGAAAAAGCUGAUAGCAGGGCAGGGGAAACUUACCAGCUUCUUCAGAGUUUGACGAUUAUUUGUUCUGGUUUCAUGCUGUUGCGGUGGACAGACUGUAGAACGACGUUCAAACUAAGGCACGGAAGGUCGUUCGUUUUUUGUUUUUGUUUUUAAUCUGGUGUUGCAGGGGCGUUUUCAAAUUAGGCUGUCAAACAGUCUGAUAAAUGUAUUCAGGAAACGGCUUCACAAGGAACUAUGUGAUUAGCGUUACAGUAGAUGAAGGAGUUCAAAACUGCGGUCGACUCUGUACAUUAAACAGAGCUAGAGCUAGCAUCGGUUUCGCUUAAAAGUAAGCUAGAGCUAGCUAGCACUAGGACUAGAAGCAGGUGUAUACAGCUGGCGAACUAAAGCCUGCAGCUACAUUUAGAGAUCUUGCAAGCGUAUUUCAAAAACUUCAGACAGAACAAGCCAAACUGUUUGACCCCUUAUUGCAGAUUUUUAAGCUAAAACUAAGCUAACGCUGCUAGCUGUAGCUAUAUAGAGUUAAUAUCUAUCUCUUUAGGUUAAUUAAUAUAUAAUGUGUUGGUUAGCUUCAGGUAGUCUGGUAAAGUUUUAUUAGGCUACAUUUAAAAACAGAGUCUAA